AUGCUCGUCUCGGCCGCUUCGCAGUCUCAGUGGACAUCUGGGCAGUUUCCGGAUCUGCGUGGUCCAACAGUAAGCCAGUGUGCUGCAGUACUACCACGAAAUCGACAGCAUAUGUACAUCUGUGAUCCUGACCGAAUACUCAACAAUAGUCAAGCAAUGUCGCUGAACCGUCAACUGCGCGACCUCGCUGUCGGGACACCGUGUCAUUGUCAACGGCGUUCUCAGUGCACCACGGGAAUAUCCGGUACUGGGACGGAAGGAUUCCAUGGUUUCGUAGUUUCGGUGGCGAUCGUGCAGAACUUACAAAUGCAAGUGCAUUCUCCAAGUGAAGCUCAACUCACCGAACGAGCAGAGUCUUUCUGUCGUGCUUUAGAGGGACGAUGGGCCCUUGGUGACUGUGGCAACUCGGUGAUCGUUUUUGUUUGGGAGCACUACAAAAAGAUGAUCAUCUGGCCAGCCCGUUUGGCCGAGAAGUACGUGACGGUAGAAGAACGAAAGAACAUUCUUUCAAAGGUUAAUGAACUUAUUCAAGCUGAUCAGUGGUAUUUGGCUCUGUCACAAGUCAUCGCGGAACUCCUUCGUGAGUUGAACGGAGAAGAGCAAGGUAAAGUCGACACAGGAACAUUGUCGUUGCUAGUGGCCGUCGGACUUGCAGUGCUUCUUACACUGUUAAUUACAUGCUGUGUAUGUGCGUUCCGAUGUUGCGGCAACUUACGGCGUGAACACCGACCUCGGCCGAUUCGACGAGCUGUUGAACGAGUAGACAGCUUACGAGAAACCGUGCUCAAAGGACGAUCUCAACUACGGAGGUUGAAAAUAUUAGCGUUCGCUUUUGGAGUCAUCUGA